GUUUUGUUUUCUCUUUACGAGAAAUCGGGGUCUUGUCCUUUUAUUUUUUGAAAACUAUAUUUUGCCAUUGAAAAAUGAAAAAGAUCGAAGUUAUCUCAUGAAAACGUGUUUUUUUAUUAGUACAUUUAAUUUUUUGUUUCAUUUUCAUUGCAUCGUUAAAUGUAGCGAGAAUGGAAUCCGACAGUAGCCUCAAGUUACAACAAUUUCUUUUAGACUUUUCAAGUGAACAUAAUACUUUCGAAAAAGCAGAAAAACUACUUUCUUUUACAACAGAAUUUGUGAAGCCAAGUUUGCCACAGGACUUACAUUCGGAGUUUAUCUGUAAAGCUGUUUCACAGAUUCCGUCCAUAUUUGAGUCAAUUCUGAAGUUAGUUAAUGAAAUCGGAAAUAAAGAAGAGUUUGUUGUUGAUAUCGAAAAAAUUUUAAAAGCGUCUGGACUGUGUUUAGAAACACUUUUGCCAUGCUUCAGUUGCAACAGAUCAUCAGAAGAAAUGUUAACCCUUCAUGUUGUAACCUUAAAUACACUUUGUAUAGCCUACCAGCACUGCAAGGAUAGUGAGCUAAUUUAUGAAAAUCAAAUAGAAAAUGUUGCUGAUAAACUUGCUGUUUUCUUCAAUCAAAUUCAAGAUUUAGAAAGGGCUAUGUUGGUGGCUUUGGAUAAGCUAUUAGUGUUAAAUCCCAACUCUAUGGUACAGGAUAUAGUAGAAAUGCUUGGAAAGUUAGGUCAACUUUUUUCUGAAAUUGAUGCAAUGGCGUCAUUUAAAUAUUGGAGAUCGUACAUUAAGAUUAUUGUGAAGCAUAAAGAAAUACUGAAGCAGAAUUUUAUGGUAGAUUCUGAUUUAAUUUUUUUGACAUCUAAAGCAUCGAGUUUUUUCGAAGAUUACCUGUUGAUGGCAGACCAAGAUAUUAUCGAACAAGAAGAAGUAUCUUUGAAAGUGUGCUCUUUACAAAUAAAUGUGAUAACCAGAAUUUUAGAGCAAUAUUAUGAUUGCAUAAGUGACAGCAUACCUCAUCUUGCAAACUUCAUCGCACAGAUUUAUGACAUAUUAAUUUUCUGUUCUUCAAAAAAACCUGCAGAAACAACAAUUUUGUUCCACAUUCAAAAUGUUAUACCUAAAGUACCCAAGCAACUUACCUCACUUCUGAAGCAAAGCCAAUCUUUUCUGAAGUAUGUCUUCAGAAAUCAAGAAGGGUUGGAUGGCAAUGAUUGCAAUUUAGCUUCUUGCAUGGUUGAACUAGCUUGUUUACCUAAUUUUGAAGCUUCCACUGAAGAUUUCAACUUUCUAAAAUUUUUGCAAAUGUUCUUUGGAACUCUUCAAAAUUGUAAACCAGCAGAACUUGUCAAGCUGGUGUCCAAAAAGAUUCCUGAUUCUGCAUUUGGUGAAUUAGCAAUUCCUAUUCAACAAGAAGAUGGAUUCACCAGUAUAUACAAUUAUACAUGUUCAGAGAUAUCAACAUGUUGGAAGACUUAUCCAAAUUCCACUUUGGAGAAUGGGGUUGCUAGUUUGCUGCAGAUAUUGUCAACAUCUUCUGAUAUUGUGUCUCUUCUUUUGAGUGACACGUGGAUAUAUCGCUUAAGAUAUACUUCAAUUGAUUUUUUAUGCUCUUAUUGCUUGAAAGUUAGUGAAGUGUAUAGCAGCAUGUCAACAAGUGUGAAAGUGGACAAUUUUUUAAAGAGAAUUUUAAAGUUUCUUUCCUCUGAGAAGACGGGUCAAAUUUUAAGUGAAAUUGAUUGUUUACGAGGCUUAACUUCCAGAAAAUAUCCCUCUAGUCAUAGAUUUCAAAUUCCUCAAUUGUUGUCUUCAACAGAUAAGACAGCUUUCAAUGAGCUAGUCCAAUCUAUUGAGCUGGAAUUACAAGAAGAAUCUUCCAUUUCUUUUGAAAGCUUUUCCCGCAAAGCCUUUUGCUGUUUAAUUCUUAGCUCAUAUUUUGUGGAAGUUUUACCAAGUUAUGAGAUUUGCAAGUUGAUAGAAUUUGCUGAAUGUAUGUUCAAGUCAGAGGUGUAUGAAAUCCAAAUAGCUGUUCUGACAUUCUUAAAGGCGUGUAGUAAGAAAUGUAUUCCUGAAAGUGAUCCUUAUGGAAAGGAUAGGUGGAAAGCUCUUGCAUCUCUAUUUUUGAAAGGUCUCCUGAGCUCCAACUACAUAGUUCGUUGUGAAGCGUACCGAACCUUCUCAAACUUAGCCCAUAAAAGUCCUCGCUCAAAAAUUAUCCAGCAGACAUUGAUGCUCGCACCCCAUCUGAAGCCUUCUGUUACUUCAAAUUUCAAUUUGGUGCCUGUGUGUGGCUUGUUGUCAGAAGAGAUUAGACUGAAGCUUUUCUGUGAAAGAAUUUCCUUGAAAAGACAAGCAAACUAUGCUGUUUCAGAAUCUAACGCUUACUUUGAAUUACUUACUUUGAAAGAUGAAUAACUAAAAGCAAAUGCCAAAAAGUACCUUGAAUUUCUCUAACUAAAUAAAAUGUUAUAUAAAAUAAACUUAUUUCUUACUGAAAUGUAUUUUCUUUCAUCCCUUACAUUAGUACUGUUUUUUAACAUUCUGCUAAAUUUAAAUAAUGGUUUGAAUAAUCAAACAUUACUGGUUUGUAAAGGUUGAAAUACUAUAAAUUACCAAAAUGAAAGGAAUACUGAUUUUUUUGUGGCAAAAGACCGCUAUUUCUUUUCUUGUGAGAUAUUUUUGUCAUCAAUUGGUAUAAAGAGCUUGUGAAAAUAAAUACAUAACUUUUUAGUCAAAAAUUUGUGUUUCAUUGAAGUUGGAGAAAUUGAAUAAACACAGCCCUAAAUUAGG